AACACAAGAUUAAAAUGGCUGCUAAAUUUUACCGUACCUGCAUACGACGCCAAAGUUUAUCGGUUCUUCUGUUUUGAUUUCAAUCAUCUUGUGAGCAAUUCGUUUAUCUUGGGUUGGUUUAAAAACAGCAAAACUGACCCGAUCGAACCACGUGGAAAGCACCCUGAACGAAAAGAAAUGGGAAACAAACAGAGUUCCAAAAGACGCGAAAGUCAGCUUGUACGCUCUAAUUUAGCAUCGUCCGUCAAUCCUGCGCUUCCACAAGGAGCUAUUGUCGCACUUACUGGCUGUUUAAACAGACUGCCUCUCGUCCUAAACAAAAGUGUUCGAGAAGAAGUGAUCAGGCGAGUAGAGCUGAUGGAAACUGGUGAAGCUCCAGAAAUUCUUUUAAGUAAAGGCCAAGAGCCACCUGGAAUAUAUGUGUUGGUGUCAGGUAGUGUGACUGUUUUCAGUGAAAACAAGAAAUUUGCCCUGAGGGAAAUUCAAGUCGGUAACUGCUUUGGUGAAGUUUCGGCGCUAUUUAAUAUGAAUUGCACUGCUGAUGUGUGGUCAUCUAACAGGUGCAUGUUGUUGCUUCUGAAGACCUCUGAUGCCCGUCGGCUUCUCACAUUUCCCAGUGAGGUGACGCUACUGCAGUGGUUUCAACAGAGGAGAUACCUGGACACCAGUAAGCUGUUUAACAACCACCAACUGUCAAGGGAAAUUGCAGUAGAUUUAUUACAAAAGUCUCCUAUACUUCAUGGCUGGGGAAAAGAAUCUUUGAAAGCUGUAGUUAAAACUGUAAAGCCAGCGGUUAUUGUGUUGUAUCCUCCCAACAGCAUUAUUUUCAAAGAAGGCUGGAAAGGACAGGAAAUGUUUGUUCUAGUGCAUGGGCGGGUAAACUUCUCCAAAAAUAACCAGGAUGUUGCCACAUUUGAUGCUGGAGAAAGAGGAUUUUCCUUUGGAGAGGAAGGGUUCUUCACUGGUACAGAGAGAAGAUCUACUGUAAGGGCAGCUGGGCCAUGCCAGAUUAUUCUCCUUUGUGAGGAAAACUUCCAUGAUGCCAUUAACCAGUUCUCAGCGGAGGCAACAUUACUCCAAGAGCUUAGUGUGAAAUGGAAACAACAUGUAAACCAGAGAGAUAGCACACUGUAUUCAAAGUACAUGGGAGCAUUAGAUCUGGAGAUAUUGAGAAUGACCUUAAAACAGACAGAAGAGUUCAAAACAUGCCCGGCAGGAUUCCUUUACAUUCUUGCGUUAUCCAUGACGAUUAAAGAAGUUCCAGCUGGCGAGAUUGUUCUUACAGAGAGAGAGUACCAAGAUGGUAGCACGUUAUUUGUUAUUCUUCAAGGAAGUUCAGUUGUAAUGGAUGGUGACAUGUCAACCUCACACUCGGUGGAACUCAAACAAGUCUUUUGGAAGAACGACACAAUGCCUGUGACUGGGUGGGUUAAGGCAGUAGAGUUAUGCGUGGUGUCCUUUCUUCCAGAGGAGGCAGUGAGAGAAGCGCGCAACACUUAUCCUGAUGUAGCGCUGCUCAGACCUUGAGAGAACCAAUUUUGGCUUUAGAACUGGGAGGGCACGUCCAACUGUUUUUAGUUAUCGUAUGCCCUCUAAACUGCAAAUGGAAAUCAUCUUACCGUUGUGACGCCAGCCGCGGUUUUGAUUGUCUACGAAAGUCGGCCUCUGUAGAGAUCCGUUGGACAAUCAGCGCCCUGAAUCGCG